UCUGUUUUCCACCACAAGUCCCGCUGUUUCUUAUUAGAAUGCGCUCUUGUUUUCCUGUUAUAGAUAACAGUUUCUCUGAUUUCGCUAAAUAUAGAAUCCCCAAAAGGGAUUGAUUGUCUUUUGUGGUAAAAUAAACCCUUGAUUUCGCGGUGAGAGAUUUGUUUCAGGGUUUUUUUUUUUGUUUUUGCAAUUUAUUCUAAAACUGAUGAAGCGGGUUGGUGAUGAAUGUUCAAUCUCCAGUUUGAUUAAACAGUUAUGAAUUUGGAUUGAUAUGACGAAAAUGGCAUCGUCGCAAGUGGAAUUCGCUUCGUCUGCCCCUUUCGGUUGCGUUCUCAGAGACCACAAUAGGAAUGAGCGAUUCGGCAGAGAGAGCGCUACCGCCGCCGCUGCUUUUGAGAAGAAUCUGAAACAACUUGUCCACAAUUGUAUUUCUGUUUAUCCUGAUUCGUCUUCAAACGACGAGAAUAGUUGUCAAAAUCGGAACUUGAGGAGGAUUAACAACAAAAUUGAAAAAACAGAGGAGAAUUCUAUAAGCUCCAGACAUGCUCGGAUUCUUGAUCGAUGGAGACAAGCACGGGAGAUGGUGUCGGACAACAUCGAGACAAGACGGACCCAAGAAUCAGAGUCCACCGGAGCGCAAAAUCUUGGAGCUUCUUCACUCGUUCAAAUGUGGGAGGCCAGGCUGCAUCGAUCAAACAGCACAAAGAAACCAUGUUCGGGCGCCAAAGAACAAUCAAGAAGCUAUGAAAUAUUGGACUCUGGUGAUGAAAGGCUGGAGACUCGCACCAACAAUGAUGAGUCUUUAAUGGAUUGGGAAUCACAAUGUGAGAGAACCGUACAGAGCGAACCGCCUACAUUGUCACAGAGCAGGAGUUCUGAUGCCGGAGAGAGCGAGAGGGUGGUUAGAGUCGCUGAUAUCAUUAGGAGACUCGCUGACAACAAUGAUCACGAACAUCAUAGCAUUAGCGCCUGCAAUUCACCCUCCCGGAGGCUCUCUUCAGGGUCUGAUCAGUCAGAAUUGAGAGGGCCUUUGAUGCAGAUAGUGUGUUCGCCAAAAAUCCGAGGAAGGCAAGCUUUCAAUGAUUUGAUUGUACAGAUGGAGCGCGACAGGAAGCAGGAGCUUUGCUCACUUGGGGAGCGUCAGGUCGUGUCAAGAUUUGCACAACGUGGCCGCAUUCAGUCCAUGCUUCGUCUUAGGUUCUUGCAACGUGGAAUGGCAAUUCAAGAUCAACUGUGCACAAAAUCACAGGCAGCUCCUCAAUUGAGCAGAUUGAAACAAGGUUCUGGCGUCGUGCAUCUAAGGGAGAAAUUUAAUGGAGCUGUGGAGCAAGGCAUGACGACAACUACUUCUAGAAGCCCUGAUAGACAGACAGUAAACAGUUUGGAGAAUGCUCCAACACUCAAAAGACCAGGUGAAGACAGUCAGCCUCAUGAUGUUUCUGCCUCCGAGCAGCAGGGCACAUCGUCAGAAGAGCACUCCAUGUUGACAUGCAAAAGACUAAGUCAAGACAGUCAGCCUCAUGAUGUUUCUGCCUCUGAGCAGCAGGAAACAGCACCAGAGGAGCAUUCCGUGUUUACACUCAAAAGACUAAGUGAAGACAGUAGGCCUCAUGAUGUUUCUGCCUCGGAGAAGCCAGGCACAGCACUAGGAGAACACUCCGUGUCCCAGAGGAGUGAAGUCAGCAAGGCCCUUCCAGAAGUAUCCUGUCUGAGUUCAAAUGUCAUGUGGCAAGAGACAAGCUUCGACAAUAGAAAUUUAGAUUCAGAAGAAAUUGCAGAAACAACAGGAUCCUUGAAUGAGAGCAGUGAACCUGAGAUGGAAGAAGAACAAGAGGCUUAUGAGCCACAUGAGUUUUUAGGCUCAACAUAUGAUUGGUUUAGUGAUAUUGCUCGUCCACGGAGUUUCUGGGAAGAUCGUAGGCAAGCAUGGUAUGAGGAGAUGCUUAGCAACAGCUCAGAAAAUGAAGAAAUACGCCGACUCCUUGAAAGACAAACAGUAUCAAGUGUCCUUUCUAGUGACUUCCGAGACAGAAUGGACCAAUUGAUGACAUGUCAUGCACAAAGACAAACGGAUACAACAAGCAAUCAAGAAGAUGAUGAUGAUGACAGUCAGGAGAGGAUGCACCAAUUGGUGUUGGCUCACUUACAAGGUCAUACACAACAAGUUGACAAUCAAGAAGGAGAAGAAGAAGAUGAUGAUGAGAAUGUGGCUGGAGUACGAAUGCAAGAACAAGAAGCAGGAAGAGAAGGUAGAGGACAAGUCCAGGCAGAAGGACAACGUGAGGAAGAAGAUGAAGAAGGAGAAGGGGGUAUAGUUGAGGUAGAGGAACAAAGAGAAGAACUAGAGAUUAGAGGAAGGGCUGGUGCGAUAGAAGAACGACCAGUGCAGGAAAUCUACCAUGAGCAAAUGUAUGAAGAAAGAGAAACUCCAACUGGUCAUCUAUAUCUUGAAGCCAGUGAUUACUUCAGUCAGUCCUCACAAUCAUUGCAAAUGCAUUCUCCAUCUCCAUUUAGGUCAUGGAGUUACAGAUCUCAUGAAAUUAGUGAUGAUUCUGAUCAAGCUCCCUCAAUAUCUUCACAACAACAUCCGCAAUUUCUCUCUUACCAUAUGGAGAAUCGACAGUGCUCUUCCUCAACAAACCAUCCUUCUCUUGAAAUGGAACUCAUAUGUGACUUACGAGGGCAUAUGGUGCAAAUGCAGCGUGAAAUGCUUGAGCUAAGAAAAUCGAUACAGAGCUGCAUGGAAAUGCAAAUGCAAUGUCUGAACUCCAUGAAGCGGGAAGUACAUUCAUUUCAAGGGGAUGCAAAUAAUUCACUUGAUAGGGCACUUAAGAAUCGGAGAUGUUGUAUUUGCUAUGAAAUGCAAGUUGACUCACUUUUGUACAGAUGUGGCCAUAUGUGCACCUGUCUGAAGUGUGCACAUGAAUUGCAAUGGAGCAGUGGGAAAUGUCCGAUAUGCCGAGCUCCUAUAGAUGAUGUUGUGCGAGCUUUUUUGGAUUGAUAACUACUGGGAACGAGUUCUUGCUACUGAGGACCGCCUUCUUCCUUUAUCCAAUCUUAAUAAUCAUGCCCUUAAAGAUAAAAAUUCUUCUUCUUGCUUUCUUUACGCAUGCUAUAUCCCCUUCGUAACUCAUUGAACUGGGCAGUUUUUUUUUUUCCUUCUUGUUCUUGUACAUGCCUUAUAUUUGAGGUCAAACAUGGGUUCUCACUUCUAUAGAGUAUGCUUAUCAAUGGAGAAGCUGCAUUUUUUACAUUCUGUCAA